AUGGACAUAGAAAAAUGGCUUCUGAUCUUUAGUUUAGGAUCAACCAUCUUAGCAAUUUUAUCCUUGUUUUAUUACAAAAAAAGAUUCGAUCAGUGCAAGAACUACAGUCUACAAAGACAUUCUGGGUCUUUUCAACAGCUUGUAAGAGUCGCUGGAAAUGUAUGUCAAGAGCAUCGAAAUUUAUUAAAUGUAAAAGACAGAUCAGUCCAGGUUCCUAUAAUGAUAAGCCAUAGGACUGAUGAAGAAAUAUUAUUAAAUCCAAUGCUUGGAACUGGGAAGAAAAAUGAUGUAGGCUCUGGGAGAUCAUUUAUGCCAGAAACUUUAUUUUAUAAAUUAGGGGGAUAUGUCAUUGCCGAUUCUGCAUUUCCAAAGCAUUAUGUAGAUGAAGGCUCUAUAUUAUUUUUAAAAGGAUCUCCUAGAAAAGAAAUCCUCAUAAACCCAAAUGACGUCAAAGCUGCAAUUGUGACUUGUGGAGGUCUCUGCCCUGGGCUAAAUGUUGUCAUAAGAGAACUCGUAAUGACUUUAUGGUACAACUAUGGAGUAAAACAUAUAUCAGGCAUCAUUGGCGGAUAUCCAGGCUUUUAUACCCAAGGCUGCUUAAAAACCCUUACUCCUAGCAUCGUAGCUGACAUUCAUUUAUCGGGCGGGACUAUUCUCAAAACUUCACGCGGUGGCUGAAACUUAGAAAAAAUCAUGGAUUCAAUUAUAAAAAAUGGCUUCAACCAAGUUUACAUUAUAGGAGGAGAUGGCACUCAUAGAGGAAUCAAAAACUUGGUUGACGAAAUCGAAAGAAAGCACUUACCCAUUUAUGUAGUUGGAAUUCCGAAAACCAUUGAUAAUGAUAUCCCCAUAAUUGACAAAAGCUUUGGAUUCGACACAGCUGUCGAAGAAGCUCAAAAAGCUAUAGAAUCAGCCAAUACAGAAGCCAAUAGCGUCGAAUACGGUAUAGGACUCGUAAAACUUAUGGGCAGAAACAGUGGUUUUAUAGCUAUGCAAGCUUCAAAUGCCAAUAGAAACGUAAAUUUAUGCUUAAUUCCAGAAUCUGGCUAUGAGCUUACAGGACCUAAUGGGGUUUAUUCUUAUAUAUCAGAACGGCUGAAAGUGAAAAAGCACGCUGUCAUUGUGGUAGCAGAAGGGGCAGCUGCAUCUUGUUUAGAUGAAAAAUUGGCUGCAGAAGGGACUGAUCCCUCUGGGAACCCUAUAUUAUAUGAUAUUGGCAAACAUUUGAAAGAGGAAUUGGUCAAAUGCUGCAAGAAACAUAAUAUUAAUGCGACACUAAAAUAUAUUGACCCAACUUAUAUGAUAAGAACAGUCCCAGCGAAUUCUUCAGAUAAAAUUUUGUGCUCUGAAUUGGCCCAAGCAGCGGUACAUGGGACUUUUGCAGGAUUUACUGGGUUUUCUGUUGGAAAUGUGACUGGGCAGGCGGUGUUUAUCCCUAUUGAUUUGUUGAUUUCUAUUAAAGAAGGAAAAGAUGCAAAAGAAGGGCAGAGGAGGGUUGAUAUUGAUGAAAAUAUGAUGUGGUGGAGACUUAUGGCGAAUACGGGACAGCCCAGUUUUAUAAAUGAUUAA